UUCAUGUUUUUGCGGAAUAAUGUGCUAUGAAGCAAUCUCGAUAUAUUUUAAGAAUCGAAAAAUUCCCAGAAUGUUUUUAUCGUACACAAUCAUCGUGUAUAUAAUAUGUACUUCGAAACCGGCGAUUAGUUGACUAUUAAAACGUGCUAUGUGCGUUAAGCGUUUACUAUUCACAGUAAGUCAAUGCGAGACGUGCGAAUAUCACGAUUGCGUUACCAAUUUAUCUAUGACAAGUCUAAAUAAUUUAUCUACUAGUGAUGUUAACCGUUUAAGUGUUGGACAAAAACGGAAAAUCAAUAUGACAGAUUGGAAAAAUGUAAAAAACAAAACUCUUCGAAAUAGUGGGAAGGAAUAUACAUCUCAGAGUAAAAAACUUGUACCAGCUAAAACACCUCCAACCGUGGAUCAAGUUUGUGACCAGAGUUCAUGUCCUUGGCAAGGUUGCGCAACAAUGACUUUAGCAAGAAAACUUUUAUUAUUUGACGAAUUUUAUAAGUUAACGUAUGAUGAACAAUCAGCUUUUUUGUAUAAGUGUAUAAAAGUAAAUGCUCCUGUGAGAAGACGACCAGGAAAAACAGAUGCUACAUCUCGACGAUUUUGUUCAUUUAAAUAUUACAUAGAUGAUUUACAGGUAUGCAAAAAUACUCUUUUAAAUACGUUUUGUAUUACAAGAAGACGUGUUAUGACGCUACAAGAUAAAAUUAAAUUAGGUAUUAUGACACCUAGGGAUAACCGUGGAAAACAUUUAAAUAGACCUCAUGCUAUUGAUGCCCCUGUAAGAGAUUUAAUUAGACAACACAUAAAUAGUUUACCUCGACAACCGUCUCAUUACAGCCGUAUUGCUACAGAUAACCUGCAAUGUUUGAGUUCAGACUUAAAUUUGUGUAAGCUUUAUCGAUCUUUUAAAAAUAAAUAUCCAGAUACAAAAGUCAGUAAAUGUAUCUAUAGAAAUAUUUUUCGGUCAGACUUUAAAUUACGUUUCGGCUAUCCGCGUUCAGAUACAUGCAAACAGUGUGAUUUUUUUUAUAAUAAAUUAGUGGCAGCUGAUACUGAGGAAGAAAGAAAAAAAUAGAAACUGAUAGUAAGUUGCAUCAUUCUAAAGCUGAGCAAUCGUAUGAUGCCCUUAAAAAAGAUACAGACAUCGGUAGACUCAAUAGCUCUAUUGUAGUGCUAUGCGUUGAUCUACAGCAACUAGCAAGUAUUAUUUUGCCCAACUCUUACACAUUCUAACAUGUUUUAUCAGAGACAACUUUCUAACUAUAAUUUAGCAAUUCAUAACGUAGGUAAUAAUGAAGUUCGAGUUCCUAUGCAUUUGUGGUAUGAAUGUAUCGCUAAAAGAGGCUCAUUAGAAAUAUCUUCGUGUAUUUUAAAUUAUAUCGAAAAUAAUUACGAUAUUCUUGGACAUGGCGAAGAGAGGAAAUUGAUAAUAUGGUCUGAUAGAUGUGUCGGUCAAAAUAAUAACUGGCGAAUAUUAAUCAUGUAUUCCUAUCUAAUAUUUUGCAAGUAUUUUAUAGAAAUUAAUCAAAAAUGUCUUUCGACUGGCCAUAGUUUUUUACCAUGUGACCGUGAUUUCGCUUUAAUUGAAAAACAAAAAAAAACAGCAAAAGUACUUGUACCGUCACAAUGGAAAUAUGUUAUAGCUAGUGCAAGAUUAGAAAAACCAUUUCGUAUUAUAGAAAUGUCUCAAAAUGAUUUUAAAGAUUUUUCUGCAUUAGAGCAAGAUAUUACAAAAAAAU